AUGGGGGCAGAGGGUGAAAGCAAUAUGCUUCCCAUUCUCUUCACCCAUCAAACCAUUACAGAAUACUCAAAAGUUCACGAAAUCCCUUAUUUUGCCAAACCAAUUCUUAUAUUCUCUAUAAAUUUGAUCCAUUCCACACUCUUUCCCCCCUCACCAUAUCACAAAACAAUGCAUUUCUACCAAACUUCUGUUCCAAACUGUGAUUCUGAAUCACAAUGCUCUAAUUAUCUUCAUUCGCAGCCAAGCCUUCCUUCUGUUCCUUCACUAACUUCACAACCCCAACUACAACACUGCAGCAAUGCCUACUGUUCUACCACUCUCAAAGGUCACAACAGCUACAUAUCCUCUCUCACGCUUGCCGGAAAAUUCCUCUACAGCGGCUCCUCUGACAACGAUAUCCGGUUGUGGAACCGGAACCCUUCAAGUUAUGAACCAGAUGAUGAUGAUGAUGAUGAGAAAGAAAGUUUAAACGACAACGUUGUCGCAGUAGGAAAGGGUGCUGUGAAGUCACUAGUUGUAUUGGGAGAUAAGCUUUUUAGUGCUCAUCAAGAUCACAAAAUCCGGGUAUGGAAGAUCAAUGAUCAAGAAAAAGAUUGCCAAAAAUAUACCCGUUUAGCAACGUUACCGACGCUAAACGACCGCGCCAUGAGACUACUGGUACCGAAGAAUCAUGUUCAGAUAAGAAGGAACAAGAAAUGUACAUGGGUUCACCAUGUUGACACUGUCUCUGCACUUGCCUUGUCCAGUGAUGAGACUCUGCUAUACUCUGUUUCAUGGGACAGGACAAUCAAGAUAUGGAGGACAACCGACUUCAAGUGUCUGGAAUCAAUAUCAAAUGCCCACGACGACGCGAUAAACACGCUGGCCUUGUCGAAAGACGGAGAUGUUUACACAGGAUCAGCUGACGAGAAAAUAAAGGUGUGGAGGAAGAACAAUUCAGCAGAGAAAAGUCACUCUCUUGUUGAUACACUUGAGAAACACAAAUCUGGGAUCAAUGCACUGGCAUUAAGUACUGAUGGGUCAGUAUUAUACUCCGGUGCGUGUGAUCGCUCGAUACUAGUUUGGGAGAAGGAAGAUGGAGGCGCUAUGACCGUGGCAGGUGCGCUCCGGGGGCAUACAGAGUCCAUAUUGUGUUUGGUGGUUGUUUCUGACCUUCUCUGCAGUGGCUCUGCAGAUAAAACUAUCAGAAUCUGGAGAGGUGUUGAUGGAAACUACUCAGGUAUGGCAAUUUUAGAAGGUCAUGGAGGGCCUGUCAAGUGCUUAACAGCGGCAAUUCACCAUGAAAGUCCAUCUGAUACUUGUUAUGUUGUUUACAGUGGUAGCUUGGACUGUGAUAUCAAGGUAUGGAAGGUUAUGGUUCCUCUCCUUUAGAGGCUUUUCUCCUUCUUUUGAAGAGAUUUGUGUAUUUCGAAGUGAUCCAUGAAUUAUAUA